AAAAAAAGCAUUGCUGAUCACUGUGUUCUGAGCAGUAGUACGACGGACGUCUAACACACACUCAUUCAACAACAAUGGUCUCAUUCACGGCCUUAGGUCCCGUUCUGCUGAUGUGGUCCUGCCACUUUCAGACAAGCUGGUCCAACUUGACUACUGAUUCUACAACCGAAACAACUGAAGAUGAUUACACGCCAGAUUAUGAGAAAUAUGAGACGGUGUGUGCAAAAGUCUCCAAUCGAUACUUCAGAUCGUGGUUCCUACCCACAAUCUACAGCAUCAUCUGCUUCCUGGCUCUCCUAGGAAACUUCCUGGUCAUCCUGACCUACGUCCAUUUCAAGCGGAUUAAGACAAUGACGGAUAUCUUCCUGCUGAACCUGGCUGUAGCCGACCUGCUCUUUGCGCUAUCGUUGCCGUUCUGGGCCACCAGCAUCAUGACCAAAUGGCCGCUCUGGCAGUUUCUGUGCAAGGCCAUGUAUGCCAUCUACAAGAUCACCUUUUUCAGUGGCAUGUUCCUGCUCACUUGCAUCAGUGUGGACAGGUACUUCUCCAUCACCAAAGCUGUUUCCGCUCACCGCUGCCGUACCAAUGCCGUUCACUACGGACGCAUAUCUUCCCUGGUCACUUGGGUGAUGGCUGUGUUCUUCUCCUUGCCUGAGAUAAUCUACUCCAACGUCAACUCCAACAACACCUGCGUGGCUUACAGCAACGGACACGAAGAUCUCCGCAUCUCCAUGCUGGUCAGCCAGAUGGUGCUGGGCUUUGUCCUGCCGGCGCUCGUGAUGGUCUUCUGUUACAGCUGCAUCAUUAAGACCCUCGUGCAAGCCAGGAGCUUUGAGAGAAAUAAAGCCUUAAAGGUGAUCUUCGCCGUCGUGGCCGUGUUUGUUGUCAGCCAGCUGCCAUAUAACGUGGUGAUGGGACUGAGCACGUACAACACCACCGUGUGUGACCUCGAUAACAAUCUCCUCUAUGCCAUGGACGUAAGCCAAGGUAUCGCCUUCCUGCGCUGCUGCCUGAACCCCUUCCUAUACGCUUUCAUUGGAGUGAAGUUUCGCAAUGAUCUGCUGAAACUAAUGAAAUUUCUGGGCCUCUCGAGUUCCAGUCAUGUCAUAUACUCUGGUAAGAGGAAGUCCUCGGCCGGGCUCUCAACCACUGACACCACUUCAUUUUCCCCAUGAACCAAUGACUUUUCCUCUUUUUAUAUUUGCUUUACUGUUUCAUUCAUCAUUUCUUUUUCAUUUUGUCUUUUAUUUUACAUUUUGUUCCAUCAUAUUUCAUAUUUUUCUGAUUUUUAUAUAUUUUUCUUAUGAAACAAGAACAUUUUUAUUGUAUUUUAUAUUCUACAUAAAGUGCAUUAUUGUAUGUGUGUG